GGAGUGUCAUGGAGGAAGACCUUGAGCAGUCGUCCCACGGCUGGCUGGGAGGCUGGCUCCCGGCUUGGCGUCCCACCUCCAUGUCCCACCUUAAGAAUGUGGAAACUCGGCUUUUGCAGUGCCUCCAGAACCGAUUUGUGGCUCGGUACGUCUCCCUCCCCAACCAGAGCAAGAUCUGGACUGUAUCGUUGUCCCCGGAUCGGGGCCGGGGGCGCACUCCCCUGGUGAUGGUGCACGGCUUCGGCGGGGGCGUGGGGCUCUGGAUCCUCAACUUGGAUUCGCUGAGCGCCCGCCGCCCCCUCCACGCCUUUGACCUCCUUGGCUUCGGGCGCAGCUCCCGGCCCCCCUUCCCCCACGACGCCCAGGGAGCGGAGGAGGAGUUUGUGAGCUCCAUCGAGGCCUGGCGCCAGGAGAUGGGCAUCCCCAGCAUGAUCCUGCUGGGCCACAGUCUUGGAGGUUUCCUGGCAACCUCCUACAGCUUGCAGUACCCAGAGAGGGUGAAACAUCUCAUCCUCGUGGACCCCUGGGGCUUCCCGGUGCGGCCAACGGACCCGAGCCAGGUGCGUAGCGCGCCGGCUUGGGUCAAGGCCGUGGCGACGGUUCUGGGGCGCUCCAACCCGCUGGCUGUGCUGCGAGCUGCCGGACCGUGGGGCCCUGGGCUGGUGCAGCGCUUCCGUCCAGACUUUAAGCAGAAGUUUGCAGAUUUCUUCAACGACGACACCAUCUCGGAAUACAUCUACCAUUGCAACGCCCAGACGCCCAGUGGCGAGGCAGGGUUCAAGGCAAUGAUGGAGGCCUUUGGCUGGGCCCGGCGCCCCAUGCUGGAACGCAUCCACCUGGUGCGGCGGGACUUGCCGAUCACCCUCAUCUAUGGCGCCAAUUCCUGGAUCGAUACCAGCACCGGGGAGAAGGUCAAGGACCUGCGGCCAGGAAGCUACGUCUGUGACAUGGCUAUCCCCGGUGCCUCCCACCACGUCUACGCCGACCAGCCCCACGCCUUUAACACUGCUGUGGAAGAGAUCUGCGACUCCGUUGACUGACAGCCCAGGAGCCGGAGGAAGAAAGAAGCU